AUGAAACUUUUGAUCCUCCUGGUGGUGCCAUUGGCGUUAGUUUACGCAGGGACGGAAAAAGAAAUUAGCGGGUUGGCAAAUGCAAAUCAAAACCAACCAGCCGAACAGACGCCCUUCAAACAGCUCGGUUCCUCCAGGAAAGAGAAACGAGGAAUCUUUGGACUCGGUGCGUAUGCUCCAGCGGCACCAGUGUACGGUCAUGCCUUCGCACACCCGGUCCAUCAGCACGUGCACGUACCGGUGGCUGAUCCAUUCGCCCCGGUCGCAUUGGCUGCCCCUGCUCUGCCCGGACUCGCUGGUCCAUAUCUAGGAUCGCAUGCUCAUACACAUACGGUGGUUACGAAGAAGGUUGGAAUUCCCAUUCCGGCACCGUAUGCAGUGCCAGUGGAGAAACCAUACCCGGUUCCAGUGAAGGUCCACGUACCAGUCCCGGUAGAUCGUCCGUAUCCGGUGCCGGUCCCGCGACCAUAUGCCGUCCCGGUUGAGAAGCCUUACCCGGUACCGAUCGAUCGCCCCUACCCGGUCGCUGUGCCACAUCCCGUACCGGUGCCGGUGAUUAAGCACGUAGGCUAUCCGGUACCGGCACCCGUUCCGGUUGCCAUUCCAAAGCCCGUCCCCGUGCCGGUGCACACUCCGUACGUGGUGGAAAAGCCUGUCGUAGCGGCCGUUGCUCCUGACCCAUGGGCUACUGCUAAGCUUUGGUAAGGCGUUUGCUUAAAAAUUAGUACAAUAUUCACAAUUUCCUAAGUAUUGUUCAACCAAAUAUGUACCACUAGCGGCACUAGAUGUAAGUAGAGUAAUGUAUGGCAAAUAAAUUAUUUUAUCAGUUAAUUGGAAAAUCCCUCACCCAAACCGCUUGGUCGACCGUUUGUUAGUUAAGAAUAUCACAUUAUUU